AUGAACGUCGAACAUUGUCAAUUCGUCAUCAUGCGCCGCAACGAAAAGGGCAAAUACGAUCUUGAGACCAAAUUACGCACUUGGACCGAAUACGACCGCCAGCAGGCCGAAGCCGCAAAGAACGACCCAAACCUAGCAGCCCAGCGUGCAGCCAAACAAAAGAAGUUCCAAUCGCUUAAGAGGAAAUGGGGCGGUUGUCCGGAUGGAUGUAUGCAUGGAGCGCAGAUGGCGGGGUAUCAGCCUGCGGCUACUGCCGCCCACCAACACCCGCAUUCACAUCAUCAGCAGUCUAUUGCGGCAGUGAUUGAUCAGCAUGACAAGGGGGCUAUUGAGAAGGCCAUUGCCGGGAACUUGUGCUCAAAUUGUGGGCAUGAAGUGAGCAGGGGCAAGAGUAGUAAGAAAGUGUCGAGACCAGUGGUUAGGGUUGAGCCGCCUUCAGCGAUCGAUACUUCAUCGGAUGAGGAAGGUAGGACGAGCAGUGAUGGGAAGUUGCAUAGUAGUGUUAUUAGGGGAAGGGACGGUGGUGGUAGCAAGAGCGGGUUUAACAGCGACUAUGAGGCUGAAGACGAGAUUGAUAGUGAAAGGGAAAAGCAAGAGGUCCAUGAGGAGAAUUUUAAGUUGCUGCAUGCGAAGACCGAAAAGCUUGGAGACAUUAAGAGUGACUCUGAGUGGUCAAGGGGUUCGCAAGCAGACUCCGAAGGUGGUGGUAACGGACCCGUUCAUGGAAAAGGGAAGGGGGUUUCAAAGGCGUGA